GUUCGAUCAAGUUCGAGCCGGGGUACGAUUGUUGUCGCGACGAUUUCUUUUAGUUACCGGAAAAACGGGAAUUGUGACAAUGUGCGACAUACGCCGUACCUUAGAAGAAAUUGGCGUUGAAGAGGAAGUCAUUGAUUUACUUAUAAAGGAGGAUAUUUCAGUGGAAGAUCUGAAAACUUUAAGAAAGCGUGAACUUGAUGAGUUAAUUACGAAAUAUGGCCCAAGGAGGAGGUUUGGUAGAGCUUUAGUAAAAUGGAUGUCACUACAUAAUCUUCCGAUAGAUCCCGAACUACUAAUGAUAUAUGGCGAUAUGCAAUCCGCACAUAUUAUUGAUACGAACGACAAGCAGUCUUCUUCAUCGAACAGCUCAUACGAAGUUGCAUCAUUGGUUCAGUGCCCUAAAAGAAAUUCAUCGAAUAUCUCGUCUACGAACAUCAGCAGCAGCAGCGGUAGCAGCAAUAAUUUUUCAGAGAGCCAAAUGGCGCUUCCGCUGCAUUUUAACGAGUUUAUGUGCAACGAGAAAAUUACAGCAGAAAAUAUAGAGCUAGAAGAUCCUCCAAAUCUGCAUGUAGUAAAAGUUGAAGAUAUCGCUGUUAAAUUUGACACGAACAUUGAAGAAGAUCUCACGGAAUCAACUACACAGUUAGAGGAUGAGAUGAGAGAUUUGGACGACGUUAUAACUGCCCCCGUACAAACAUCGAGGAAAAAGAGCACUGAGCAACGGCACAGUCAAUCACCAAUUCCAGACUUUAAUACAGCGGAUCCCGAAGCCAGAAAUCCGCUGUUUAACCUCCUACAUAAAAACGGAUCCCAUUUGCGAAAACUUAUUCACAACAUUCACCGUAAUAAUCUAGUACCAGUGGGAUCUGACCUCAACUUGGUAGGAAAAGUUACUGUCAAACAUCUUCUCAAUUUGGCCACUCCUCCACAACGAAAAGUACCAACGAGUACUCUCAUAAGAUGGGCUAUAUAUUUUAAACGCCUGUUUCCAAAGACACCAAUGUCCGCCUUUUAUUCCUUUAAAUACGAGCCGUACAGACGUCCAGAUGGCACCAUACUUCAGAGAAAGAGAGCAGAAGGAGUGUUGCAAGUCCAACUCUUUCAAGAGAGGAGAAAACUUAUCAAGGAAAACCGAGAUGUCCUGUUGAGGCAGCCAUGUACGUCAGUGUCAACCAAGGACAGAGAUCCGUGUUCUUCAGACGACAUGUCUCAUACCACAAAAACCUGGAGGUCUGUCAGUCAAUCAGAAGGCGAAAUUCAAUGUAACACUGAACUUUCACGAGAAGUGUCUCUUGUACAAGCUGAUCCGACAGUACAGUCGCAUCUUAAUUAUUUGUGGAACAAAUUACACCAUGAAUUUAGUCCAGAAUUAGCAUCCUCCUGGAAAGCUACUUUUCCGUACAGACGGAAGCAACUCUUAGAUCAGUCAGGAACAGUGUGGGAUUACCUGAACGAAUACACGUUUUUGCAAAUUGAAGAGAUUGGUAAAGCCUUAAUUCAACAGGAUUUCGAAAUACUUUGUCCCUACUCAGACCCUAUAGCAAGAUUCUCGGGGAACUUAGUCACAAAUUGUGAGAAAUGCAGGCUUGCAAUUAUUGCAACUGCUUCAGCAGUUAUAAAAAGAACAAGCCAACAAAAGCAUAAAGACAUAGCUACUCCGUUCUUUGACUUGGCAAAACACGAUUCAAAUAUUACACUUAGAAUGACUGGAACACUCUUGCUACUUCCGUUUGUAUUUCCUUACGUUUAUGUGCACAAGACGUGGAGACCAACGAGAAUAGAUAUCGUGGAGUCUUUUGUUGCGAGAGUUUGCAGUGAAAUGGAAGUUGAAAAACACAUUGAAAAUCGACGUAAAUCGUGGAUCAAGAUAGCAAGAAAAGUGAAAAUAUCUACAUCCGUUCAACCUUAUGUUUUGGCGGUAGGUCCCACGUGGGAUAAUAUCAGUCACAGUCACAUAAUUGUGGACAAGGUUUUGUAUACAUGUAAAAACGUUGUGGAGGCUGUGGAACUUUGUUUUAAAUUAUUUCAUGUUUUUCACACCGAUUAUCCUCCUGAAAGCAAACACGUGUGGCAAUUGAUACAACAAGGUUUUUAUAAACUAUUUUUGGAGGAUCACGAUGUAAACCGAAGAACAAUUAUAAAGGCUUUGGCCGAUAUUGGAAUUCACGUGGAGGAAAAUAAUUAUUUGUAGCGUCAUUGAUAGCACAACUUUUUAUUCUAAUGUUUUCCUCUUUUAGAAAUAUUUAUUUUUGUUCGCAGCGAUUAAUUAACAAUUAGUUAACACUCUCUCCGUCUAAUGACGUGAAUGUAGAAAUAAUAAAAUGGAAAAUAAUUGCUGUAGAAUAAGCAACAAUACGUUUAAAUAGUGAUAAUAAUGUAACAUAAAUGCAACGAGUUUGCAAUAAUCAGACUGCCAAAACCAAUUUUAUCCAUUCGUUUCUAUUGACUCAAUUAUUCCUAGGAAAACUAUUCAAAUUUUAAUUCAAAACUUAUUAGUAUCUUUUUAACAAACUUGUUGAUAUUAGCCCUGCAAGCUUGCUAUAAUGACAGCAUACUUCUGAUAGUGACAGCAUCCUGGGUACAACAAAGCUUCAAUUGACAACUUCUCCAGUGAAUACAAAAGAGAUCAAUAUUAAUCGAGCUCUGUUUGUACAUCACAAUGCGCAAUUCUUUGAAUUCUCAAUGAGCGUUGUUAAAUUUUCUUUCAUUUCAACCACAAUUAAUUGUAUCUUUAGUACUACACAUUUUAAAUAAAUCAAAUCUCAUUUAAAAAUAAA